AUGGAUAACAGUCCUCCACCUCCACCGGCGCCUCCGGCCAGUCUACCAGAGGCACCAGAUAAGGAGACGAUGGCCCAGAUCCGCAAGAGAAGAAUGGAGAAGCUCUCCGGAACAGGGACUCCAAUCUCUAAGCCCGAGGGAGAAACAGGAGGCACCUCCGCUUCAAAUCCAGUGGAGAGAGCAUCCACAGAGUCUACCCCGCCGAAGAAGAUGCUCACAUCCAAACCACCAACACCAGCUUCGAGACCGACCGAGAACCCCAAUCCCUUUGCGAAACUCGGUGCCCAAGCGCCCACUUCUACAACCCUUCCAACAGUAAGAACUUCUGAUUCAAUCGCCACGGCGACUUUAAAAAGAAAGCGUGCUGAGAUCGAUACGCAGGCGGCAGCCCGACCUCCGCGAACUUCGACCAUGCCACCAGCGGAAGAACCCAUCGAGCAGUGGGCACACAGAACCCUUGGUGGCAUCUUCAGAGUCACCUUGGACCCAGACCAAAAAACCGACUCCAACAACCACAAGCUGAUCUUCCUGCCACAAUUAAGACAGGAGUUGGAGGAAGAGAAAGUACCGGUGCUGUUGACGAAGGAGCGCUUGGAUUCGGCCAUCCUCGAGGCGGCAUCAACGAUCCCCAAUAACAGGCCUGUUUUGGAUUAUUUGCUUCCAUGCUGGAAGAGAGUGAUGAAGGCUAUCAAGGGAUUGAGGGGUUAUACUGGUGCCAAGGAUGCGCUGUUGAAGGAGGCGAAGAGACUGUGCAUGAGCAACUGCGUCUUUGCUGUAGAGAUGCCAGAGUUGUAUGGCCGUGAGCCUAAUCCAGCCACAGACUCGCUAACACCGUACUUGCUGCUCGAGGGUGGUGAAGACAACGGUAUCUGCCCAGACUUCCUAACUGAGGUGGUGAGUAGAUUCGACGAAGAUGAGACGGUCAAGCCCAUGAUCACCAAGGCCAUCGCCGGAAUGAGCUUGCAGCUGUCUAACAUGACCAUGAACGACAACUACAAGCCAUACAUCAAUGCAUUGAAGAACUUGUGUCAAUUCAAACCCAUUGCAAUUGCUAUCACUCAAGACCCGCUGUUCCAAAUGGCUACUUCGGCGCCGGGCAUCGAAAAGCACACAAUUCUUGGACCUUUCUUUCGGGUAUCUCCUCUCCAGCCAGAGGUUACGAAGGAGUACUUCGCUAGCCCGAAGACUAUGGACAAGAGACACAUCGUCAACUCCCAAGACGCUUUACGACUGACCCUACAAGCUCAUCAGAGAGAUUUACUUGAUAUCGUCAACCAGCUUGUCCGUGCCAGCCCAGAGGCUAGAAAUAAGAUUCUGGACUGGUUUGCGUACAUCGUCAACUCGAACCACAAGCGCCGAGCUUUGCAGCCGGACGCCUCGCAACUGUCCACGGAUGGGUUCUUGAUAAAUGUUACAGUUGUCCUGGAUGGGUUAUGUGAGCCCUUCAUGGAUACGAUGUUCUCAAAGGUUGACCGAAUCGACGUGGACUACUUGAGGCGAAAGCCCCGAGUUGAUAUCAAGGAGGAGACGAAGCUCAACGCUGAUCAAGAGGCAUCUGACAAAUUCUAUGCAACCGAUGCUCCUGGCACAUCAAACUUUAUUUCCGAGAUAUUCUUCUUGACUGUUGCAGCUCAUCAUUACGGUAGCGAAGCCACCAACAGCAUGCUAAAGUCGCUCGAGAAGGAUAUUAAGUUCUUAACCGGCAAGGUAGCAGAGCUGGAAGCAGAGAGACCCAAGUUUGCCAAUUCACCAAUGAACAUGGCGAGAUUUGAGGAACAGCUGAGAAGAUUCAACGAAGUCUUGGACAAAUCGAUGUCUCUCAGAUACGCCAUUCAAGGUGUUCUGUUUGACAAGGUCAUGCAGGCCAAGUCUCUGAUGUUCAUGAGAGUUGUCACUGUGUGGCUCCUGAGAGUUGCGACAGGCUCGAACUAUACUCCUGACAAGACCAUCACCUUACCGCUACCAGCUGCGCAACCUGAGGCCUUCAAGUGUUUGCCCGAAUAUGUUCUCGAAGACAUUGUUGGCAAUUUCAACUUUAUCUUCAGGCAUAUUCCCGAUGUCAUGAUUUCGGCAGUUGGAGACGAGGCAAUUGCCCUUUGCAUCACGUUUCUGACUAACUCUGAAUACAUCAAGAAUCCCUAUCUCAAGGCCAAACUUGUCACUCUGCUGUUCAACGGCACCUGGCCAGUAUACCACCGAACGAAGGGUGUGCUCGGCGACUCACUGAUUGGGCUGAAGUUUGCGAAUGAUCACUUACUCCAUGCUUUGAUGAAGUUCUAUAUCGAGGUAGAGAAUACCGGAGCACACACUCAGUUCUACGACAAAUUCAACAUUCGCUACGAGAUCUUCCAGGUUAUCAAGUGUAUUUGGGCAAACGAUGUCUAUAGAAAUCGCCUGACGCAGGAGAGCAGAGUCAAUACGGAGUUCUUUUUGAGAUUUGUCAAUCUUUUACUGAACGAUGCCACCUACGUCUUGGGCGAAGCUCUCGAGAAAUUUCCGAGAAUUCACAACAUCCAAGGAGAGCUGAGAAACCCUCACUCUACCUUGACGGCCGACGAACGUACGGCCAAAGAAGAGGAGCUUGCGACGGCUGAACAUCAAGCACAGUCGUACAUGCAACUGACCAACGAGACGGUCUCCAUGAUGAAGCUGUUCACUGAGACUCUAGUCACCUCUUUCACCAUGCCAGAAAUCGUUGAUCGGGUUGCGGCCAUGUUAAAUUUCAACCUCGAUUUACUUGUCGGUCCAAAAUCCACCGAACUCAAGGUUGACGAUCCAAAAAAGUACCAAUUCGACCCCAAGACACUCCUGGCCGAGUUCACCGACAUCUACCUCAACCUGGGCUCCUCCGAAAACUUCUAUAAUGCCGUGGCUCGUGACGGUCGCUCCUACAAGCCAGCCAACUUCGACAGCGCCACCCGCAUUCUCACUCGCUUCAGUCUCAAGUCCGGCGAAGACAUUGCUAAAUGGGAGCACCUCAAGAAGCAAUUCAAGAUCGCCAAGGAGAUUGACGACCAAGAGGAAGAGGACCUUGCCGACGCCCCCGAAGAAUUCAUGGAUCCCUUGCUCGCAUCCCUGAUGACGGACCCCGUUCAGCUCCCGAUGAGUAAGAUGAUCCUAGACCGCAGCACCAUCAGCAGCCAUCUUCUCAGCGACCCGAACGACCCAUUCAAUCGUGCGCCGUUAAAGAUUGAGGAUGUCAUUCCUAUGCCGGAUCUGAAGGCUAGGAUUACGGAGUGGAGGGAUGGAAUGCGGGCGAACGCCAAAGCGGCGCGAAUGCAAAAAAUGGAUACGACGCAGGGUUAG